AUGUCAACCUGCCUCAGUCCUCGAGAACAAACCAAGCGCACACAGAGAAAGUAUCCCCGCGCCCUGAGCCGCUCCACACACAGCAGCAUGACUCGGCGGCCACGAAACAGUGUUUACAGCAGCGAGGAGGACGAGGAGGAGAAUGAGCUGUAUGAUCACGAUUAUGAUGGGUCUCUGGCCAAGACGGGCAAACGACAGCUUGGGAAAACGCGCUGGACAAGAGAAGAGGAUGAGAAACUGAAAAAACUAGUUGAUCUACAUGGAUCAGACGAUUGGAAACUAAUUGCAAGCUUACUAACUAACCGAACAGAUGUGCAGUGCCAACAUCGAUGGCAAAAGGUUCUCAACCCGGAACUUAUCAAAGGCCCAUGGACCAAAGAGGAGGACCAGAGGGUGAUCGAGCUAGUCCAGAAAUAUGGAGCCAAACGCUGGUCCGUCAUCGCCAAGCACCUCAAAGGACGUAUUGGAAAGCAGUGUCGCGAGCGGUGGCACAAUCACCUGAACCCUGAGGUGAAGAAGACGUCAUGGACCGAAGAGGAAGAUCGGAUCAUCUACCAGGCUCACGAGAAGCUGGGAAACCGCUGGGCUGAAAUCGCCAAAUUGCUCCCUGGCAGGACUGACAACGCCAUCAAGAACCACUGGAAUUCCACCAUGAGGCGAAAGGUGGAACAAGAGGGCUAUCUCCAGAGCGCCGCAAAGAACAACAGCUCUUCUCUUUCUAUCAACCACAAUUUCAUCAAGACACCAAGUCACAUGUUGACUUUCUCCCACCAUUCGCCCAAUCACGCCCAACUGCCUCCCGUUCCCUCACUCAACUACACUUACAUCCCUGACGCGCACAGAGUACCUUUCCCUAUGGCUCUACAUUUAAACAUCUUGAACAUCCCUAAGCCUGGAACCGCUGCUAUACAGAGACACUAUAAUGACGAGGAUCCUGAUAAAGAGAAGAGAGUGAAAGAAAUUGAAAUGUUGCUUAUGUCGGCAGAGAACGAGUUGCGAGGCCAGCCGUCACAAGCCUUGCCUUUUUCAUUCUCGAGCUGGGCCAAUCAGAGCUGCUUGUCUGACAGUUCAGAGGCCGGGUUGAUACGCCACCACCGACACACCGCUGCACCCGCCUUGCCCUUGGAGCAAAACCUUCCAGAAGGGAGCGCAUCAGCCACAAGAGCCCACAACAACAGCAACCAUCACAGCACUCCUGCCUUCACCAACUCAAUGCCAGAGUUUAUGGAGUCUGUCCUCGACUCUUUGAUCACACAUUCCAUGAGCCCAGAACACUCAGACAGCGACAGUGUGCAUAUGGUUUCACCUGUGGAUACCAAACCUCUCAUUGACCACAGCGUCCGGCCCCAGAAAGAUAAUGACAUGUUCAGGACUCCCAACAUUUGCCGGUCAAUCCUUGAGUCGUCUCCGCUUACACCAACGCCGUUCAGGUCAACAAUAGCCAUGCUGAACUCACCUUUGGAUCAGCCAUUGGUUGACUCUAUAAAGCAGGAGCCAGUAGAGUGUGCGAUUGACCAGCCUCCUCUGAAGAAAAUCAAGCAAGAGGUGGAGUCCCCGUGUGAGAGGAGCCCGUGUAUGCAGUGGGAAGGACAGGACCUCCACACACAGCUCUUUUCCCCCACGGGACCCCCACAAGAAGUGCCUGACAUGCUAACAAGUGCACUACUAAGUGAAGAUGUACACAAAAGCUAUCACCUGGUCUCUCACAGACAAACAGACAGCCUACUCCAGCAGCUGAGUUCUUGGGACCAUGUGGCCAAUCUAAAAACAGAGGACCCCUCACUAUUGCCUGAGCACAAAUACCGGAACACUUUCCCCACACAGACACUGGUCAUAUAG